AUGCCCGCUUCGCCACCAGUCAUCCAAGAAGCCGUCAACGCCAACGAUCCCGUGCGCCUGCAGCAGAUUCGCCAGAGCGUGCACAAUUCCAUCUCCAGCUCUCAGACCGGAUCCUCGCCCUCUCGGUCCAACUACCCGAUUUCACAUGGUCAUGCUUCUUCAACACCUUUCGGGUUGCACAGCAUGUCGUUCCCUAGCACCCACGGCAGCCUGUCUAAUGGUCAGCGGUCUGUGGUGAACUUCAGCUCGUCAGUGUCCCUCACCUUCAAACCGAGCCCGUUUUAUCAGAUCGAGGCGGUUGCUGGUGAUGUAAAGACCUGCGAUGACGACCACCCUGCUUUACAGAAGUGUGUUAACGACCCUUCGUACCGAGUGAUGGUCUUUUGCGCCGGAGACACUUUGGGUAUUCAAGAUGUCGCAUUUCCUCACCAGUCAGAGCUCAAGGUCAACGGCGGCGAGGUCAAGGCCAAUUUGCGCGGCUUGAAGAACAAACCUGGAUCUACUAGACCGGUUGACAUCACAAAAGCGCUUCGUCUUCGUCCGAAAUAUACCAACAACGUUGAGUUCACAUACGCGCUGACAUCCAAGAUAACAUCUGUCGAACAGCUUGCGGAGCGCAUUGCCAAUGGCAAGAAGAUAUCGAUUGAUUCUGUAAAGCAAGAACUCAACGCCAAAGCACAAGAUCCAGAUGUGGUAGCAACUUCACAGGUGCUAUCUCUCAAAUGCCCGUUGUCAUACAUGCGAUUAGCACUCCCUUGCCGUGGCUUGAGCUGCACACACUUGCAAUGUUUUGAUGCCACUUCUUAUCUUCAACUGCAAGAACAAGGCCCGCAAUGGCAAUGUCCUAUUUGCAACAAGUCCGCAACUUUUGAGCAGUUGGCUGUCGAUGCUUAUGUCAAAGACAUCCUGGAAGAAACACCAAAGAGUCAGGAAACUGUGACCAUCGAACCAAAUGGCGAAUGGCAUCUCAAGAGCACAGAUGACAGUAGUCAGGGGCACACGAAUGGAAACUCAUCUUACACAAAUGCCUUUGAUGAUGACGACGACGAUCUGGUAAUAUCAGAGGUCAAUUCUAUUGGCCACCGCCGUUUAGAGACGCCCAAAAUCUCUACACCGAUUAGUACGCCAGUAACAGCAGGUCGCGACGUGUCGUCUUCUGCUGGACCGAGGGGCAUAGCCUCUACCAGCGCGAAGCGCCCAGUGGCCGCUGUCAUCGACCUAACGCUAUCUGACGACGACGAUGAUGAUCCGCCGCCGCCCCCAAAAAGGCAAAACACGUCGAUGAACGGAUAUUCAGGCAACCUGCCCAACAACUCUCCAAUCUCACCAGGUGAUCUCGGGUAUCUUUAG